CCCACCACCACCACCUUACCCAACAUGGCGGCCUCGUGGUGUUCUCACGUUGCGGGGCUCACGCGCCUCUUGGGCCGCCGCCUCCGCGUGUCCCACCGGCCGGCCCCCUCGCCCGUCGCUCGCAGCAGGGCCCUCCUCCCGUCGCACGGCUGCUUCAGGGUCGAGCCGCUCUCCGGGACCGCCGGCGUCCCGAGCGCGGCCUGGACGCGCGCCCUUCACACGAGCGGGGUCCGCGCGGGGCUCGAGGAGUUCUUUGACGACCCCAAGCGAUGGGGGGAGGAGACCGUGAAGUCUGGGUCAUCAUGGGGCAUUCGCCUCCUCAGAGGGAAGAGCAGUGAAGAUCUGCACAAGCUCUGGUACGUGCUGCUGAAGGAGUACAACAUGCUCUUGACACUGGAGCAGGAGGCCAAGCGGCAAAGCGUGCCCAUGCCCAGCCCCGAGCGCAUUAAAAAGGUCAAGCACUCGAUGGACCGCGUGGACGGGGUUGUGCGGGAGAGAGAAAAGGCGCUACGGCUACUGCAGACGGGGCAGGAGUUACCACGGCCGGGCGAGUGGCGCAAAAACGUCUUCGGCUUCACCACGUGGUACAAUUUCAAAGAGCACCCGAUUCCCUGGUUCAUGAAUCGUCGCUACAAGAGGAGAAGAUUCUACACGCCUUGCUUCGUCAAGCCCUACAUCAGGUUGCGAAUCGAGAAGCAUCUCCGCGAGAAGAGGAGGAAGCGUCUGCGCGACACCAGACUGCAAAAGCGGCUCCUGGAGAGGUUCCCGCGCUAUGCCGAGCGGGAGGCUGCUGCCAAGGAGGUGGCCGAGAGCGGGCGCCAGUGAACGACGGCCGUCGCCGGCGCUUUCCCGUUUCCGACAACGCCCUCGCGCUGCCCGCGUGACGGGACCCUGGUCCUCCUCGGUAAAUCCCCAUCACCUUCGGCCCGUGAUCGAUCAGCCGCUGGAUGAAGGUCUCCCCCCAAGACGUCGCCAUCGCUUGGGAUCCCGCGACUUAACAUUCCGCCUAGCGCCCGCUCACGAGCUGAUCGGUAUAGCGUGCAUGUAAGGUUGGGCGUACUGUAGAUCAAGCUUACAAACGGCACCACUUGUUGUAGGGACACUCUAGCGGAGCGGUUGCUUAAACAUAGAUGUCUAAUCUGAGCCAAAGGAUUAAAAACCCGCAUCCAUGACUUGUUCUACUCCUUCAGCUACAGUGCCUCCAAACAGCAGGUGUUCCUCUUUCCCUACUAAAGGUCAGCUCAGCCCCACACGGUGCCCCCUCCUGCAUCGAUAAAUGAAUUAAUCUUCAUUUUACGUGCAAAUAUUGCCCUCAAUAGAGUAGGCGUCGGUGCACGUUACAACGCAACGCGAACAGUACAGGGGCAUGCAGCAAUCGUGGAGUCACAGCCCCCCCCUCCCCCCCCCCCACUUGUGCAGCAGUGGCGCCAUGUGUGGUUGUACAUUUUAUUUCGCUUGACAGAAGCAUCCGGUUUUGCCGCAAGCUCCGUUUACGUGCUUUUUCCCCCAACAGCCGUUGUCCGUCACAGCGAGCGAUGUAACUGCAGUAGUGUCAAAAAUGCAACUUUCAGGAAUCCUAAAUGUUCGCACUUUUGGCAGGGUCUGCUGACAAUCAUCGGCAGCGUGUAAUCCCAGCAACUGAGGAAUCCGAACAAGUGAAAGGACAGGCUAUGGUGCUCUCGAUCACGGUGGCAUCCUGUGGCUCCAGUUCAGGUGGAGGUGGUGUAAGCCUCACCUCCGGUUUUCAUAUUGCAGUUGACAUGAGGCAAUCGAUUAAUUUGGAGUGACGCUGCAUUUGGCAGUUGUGCACGAGCGACAAAAACUCAAAACGUUCGGCAAUAGAUGUCGCCAUGACCAAAGCCAUGACGUCAGCGCACCUCGCCAAUGUGCAGUAGGCACACGACCAUCCAAGAUCUGCCCUAACAGUCUCCCACCAUCUCCUCUUUAAGUCUUACCCUUGGUUGCCGUCAGAUAAACCUGCCCUAUAGAUAAAUAAUAUAUGAAAGGUGAUAUUUUAGGCAGUGGCUCUUUUUUUUUGCUAUAAGGGCCGUAGAAAAGUAUGGGGGUGGGGGAAUGUUGUAUUCACCAGUGGGUACUGCUGGGCUGUGUCGCUGGACAUGUUUUCAUGGAUUCCUUAGCGGCAUGGAUUUGACCUGGAGCCACUGAACAACCAUCCACCUCUUGGUCACCGUCCGUGUGAAUUCCCACAAAAGAGAUGCCGGCAGCCCAAUUCCCUUGCGUCUGUGAAACGCCGGUCGUAGUGGAACGGGAGGGGGGGGGGUGUUUAAUUUUCUUGUCGACUCUCUGAAGCGCCUCGUGUCGUCACCUCGGUGAUCGUGUUUGUUGAGGAAUAAAAUGGGGCGACGUUUGAAAUGUU